CCGGGCGUGGUGGAGCGCAUCGCCAUCUCGGCGUGUUGGAGAGGCUGCGCGGGAACAUGGGAUCGCUCUGAUUCCCGCCGCUCCACAGCUUUGCCACAAUGGUGAAGGAAGAUACGGUGAAUGAAGAUUCUGAACCAUCAGUAUGUGAGAGAAAUGGCAUGAUUCCCAUGCAUGAGAAAAGUGAGGAGGGGUCAACAGUAGAUGCCAAAGGUGCUGAUGGGAAUAUACAAACAGAAGAAACUGCUCUAUUGAAUCACUCAGCUCAGCAGCCUCCAGAACCGAUACCAGGGUCUUCAGCACCUGCAGGAACGUGGAGGCAAAUAUUUGCUUGUCCUCCUCAGGGUUUACUGUCUCGAAUAGUAACAAAUGUUGCCGCUGUGGUCUUGGUUUGGGCUGUGGUUUGGUCCAUCACUGGGCCCGAAUGUCUCCCAGGUGGAAACCUGUUUGGAAUUUUGUGUCUUUAUUUUUUUGCUGUCAUUGGAGGUAAAAUUUUUGGACUCAUUAAAAUAGGAACACUGCCACCCCUCCCUGCUCUUCUGGGGAUGCUUCUUGCUGGUUUUCUCAUCCGAAAUACCCCGUUUGUUAGUGACAUUGUCCAGAUAAAUCUGCGCUGGUCUGCCGCACUGAGGAAUAUUGCUCUUUCAAUUAUCCUGACCCGAGCAGGACUUGGUCUAGAUCCAAAGGCUCUUAGGAAGCUCAAAGCAGUCUGCUUGCGGCUUUCUUUUGGACCAUGCCUCUCGGAAACAUGCACAGCUGCUGUUUUUGCCUAUUUACUCAUGCAUUUGCCAUGGCAGUGGGGAUUUAUAUUAGGUUUUGUUCUAGGUGCAGUCUCUCCUGCUGUUGUAGUUCCCUCAAUGCUGAUCUUACAAGCUGGGGGAUAUGGAGUGGAGAAAGGUGUCCCAACUUUGCUAAUGGCAGCUGGAAGCAUUGAUGACAUUCUGGCUAUUACAGGCUUCAACACUUGCCUUGGGAUGGCUUUCUCUUCUGGUUCCACUCUGUACAAUGUGCUCCAAGGAGUGCUGGAGGUUGCUGUUGGCAUAGCAGCUGGUGGGAUUCUGGGAGUGUUCGUUCGGUAUUUCCCAAGCCAUGAUCAGGCAUCUCUGUCAUGGAAGAGAUCAUAUUUUGUGCUUGGACUGUCCAUGUUUGCUGUUUUUGGCAGUGUCUAUUUUGGCUUCCCUGGAUCAGGAGGGCUCUGCACAUUAGUCCUAGCUUUUAUUGCUGGCGUGGGAUGGUCCGAGGAAAAGAGGGAAGUAGAAAAAAUUGUUGCCAUUGCUUGGAAUAUCUUUCAACCUUUUCUUUUUGGUUUGAUCGGAGCCGAAGUAUCUGUUACAUCUCUCAGGCCUGAAACUGUUGGGCUCUGUGUAGCUACACUGGGUAUUGCCCUAGUUGUGCGAAUCGUUGCGACGUUCCUGAUGGUGUGUUUUGCUGGGUUUAAUUUCAAGGAGAAAGUAUUUGUCUCACUGGCGUGGAUUCCCAAAGCCACUGUCCAGGCUGCAAUAGGUUCCCUUGCCCUGGAUACAGCAAGAAGUCAUCAGGAUGAGCAACUGGAAAAGUAUGGAAUGGAUGUACUAACAGUAGCUUUCUUGGCUAUCUUAAUCACUGCUCCCAUUGGAGCCUUAGUUAUUGGUUUGGCAGGGCCCAGACUUUUGCAGAAGUCUCAGACAAAACACGACGAAAAUGAGGAAGGUGCUGUGGCUGGAGAAGAGCCAGAGGACUGUGAGCCUUCGUAAGACAGGCGUUUAUGGGAAUGUGGUCCUUCAGCUCUUACACUUCUGUUAAGUAAACAUUUUGUGUCUGUAAUCUUUCUGGACAAAACCGAAACAAGUGUCGGAUGUACUACUAUUUUAAAAGCAGGUCUGGUGGAGUUUUACAAAAUAUUUUUUUGUAUUGGUGGUGCCUUAAGAGAUGAACUAGGUAAAUAUACAGCAAAUAGGCUGACCAGGCAGUGAGUCACUCCAAAGUUAGCAAUCAUCAAUUACUAAAAACGUGUGGGUGUGAGGCCAGGGAGAGGAUGAGAAUUGUUCAGUUAUGGAGUGGAUCAGUAGGUGGAUGAACAAAAGAAAAUGGAGACGGAUGUGAUAGCUUCUUGAUGGUUAAAACUGGACUGUAAGAUGACAAGUUCAGCGGCUCAAAGAAUGCAACAACUGAAUUAGGACUGUUGACACACAGUGAACAAAUCCUGCCACAGAUCUCACAGAGGGAGAUGGUUCCCUCUCCUUCCUCAUUCAGUUUUGAAAACCUGCCUUUUUCCAUUGCUGUU